AUGAAAUCAUUGCAUAAGGAAUCUAUACCUGAUGCCAAUUUGCCCGGCAUGGGCUCUAGUCAUGGUCAAUUUUUAUGGAGAUAUUUUGAUCGAUGGUUUACAAGAAUUCCUUUUUUGUUGAAAAGCGAUGUUGCAAUUGUAAUAGACACAAAUGAGUUGAUUUAUAAUAUUACCGAUCAAGGAGUAUUGCUACUUGGUGAAUUAUUUGUUAGUAAUACCGCAACCUUUGCCUUUGCCAUGGUAAAAUGGUAUGACUAUUGUGAACCAAAUCAGA